UUCACAGACAAGUGUCACCACCCGGAGAGCAGCGCUCGCGCUAGGACAGCACGGGUCCGGCGGGUCGUUGGCUCCGCCACUUCCGGGGCCUUACGGAGCAUCAUGGACAAAGCUAAAGAAAACGGCAUUUCAGGGCUGGUUAAGACUACAAUUCCAUCUGGUGACGGCCCAAAACGUGUUCUGGUGACACAGCCAUUUCCUUCUCAGCAUCCGUUACCUGCAAAUAGUGGCCAGGCUCAGCGGGUCUUGUGUCCUUCGAAUUCCUCCCAGCCAGUUCCUUCAAAAGCACAAAAGCUUGUCUCCAGCCAUAAACCGGUUCUGAAUCUGAAGCAGAAGCAAUUGCAGGCAACCAGUGGCCCUUGCCCUGUGUCCAGACCACUGAAUAAUACGCAAAAGAGCGAGCAGCCCCAGCCACCAGCCCCUGGAAAGAAUCCUGAAAAGGAAGUGGCUUCAAAACAGAAAAACGAAGAAUCAAAAAAAAGGCAAUGGACUUUGGAAGAUUUUGAAAUUGGUCGCCCUCUGGGUAAAGGAAAGUUUGGAAAUGUGUACCUGGCGAGGGAAAAACAGAGCAAGUUCAUCCUGGCUCUGAAAGUCUUAUUCAAAAGCCAGCUGGAGAAAGCAGGCGUGGAGCAUCAGAUAAGAAGAGAAGUAGAAAUACAGUCCCACCUUAGGCAUCCAAACAUUCUCAGGCUGUAUGGUUAUUUCCAUGAUGCCACCAGAGUGUACCUCAUUUUGGAAUACGCCACUCUUGGAACUGUCUAUAGAGAACUUCAGAAACUGUCCAGGUUUGAUGAGCAGAGAACUGCUACUUAUAUCACAGAAUUGGCAAAUGCCUUAUCAUACUGCCACUCAAAGAGAGUUAUUCAUAGAGACAUCAAGCCAGAGAAUCUGCUCCUUGGAUCAACUGGAGAGCUUAAGAUUGCAGACUUUGGGUGGUCCGUACACGCCCCAUCCUCCAGGAGAACCACCCUCUGUGGCACCCUGGACUACCUGCCCCCGGAGAUGAUUGAAGGCCAAAUGCACGAUGAGAAGGUGGAUCUCUGGAGCCUUGGAGUUCUUUGCUAUGAAUUCUUAGUUGGGAAGCCUCCUUUUGAGGCAAGCACAUACCAAGAGACCUACAAAAGGAUAUCUCGGGUUGAAUUCACAUUCCCUGACUUUGUACCAGAGGGGGCCAGGGACCUGAUUUCAAGACUGUUGAUGCAUAACCCCAACCAAAGGCUGACCCUGAAAGAAGUACUGGAACACCCCUGGAUCACAGCAAAUUCCUCAAAACCAUCAAGUAGCCAAAAAUCUAAAGAAUCAACCAGCAAGCAAUCUUAAGAGUCUUGCAGGGGGAGAGCCUCUGAGCCAGGGCUGCUGUGUCAUUGGUCAGAAACACACUCCUGACAUAAUCUACUACCAACCGCCUGCUCGCAAUCCGCAGCGCUAGGGAAAAGUAUAGAAAGUUCCACUUCAAUAAACGUGACACUGAAGUGCAAGUAGCCAUGAGAACCGUGAUCGCUUCACUGGUUUUAUCCUCCGGAGGCAAGGUGCAAGUGCAGCCGCCCUGCAGCCCAAGUGGACUAAGGGUCCUUGUGGAAGGUGACCUCCGAGUUGGUUGUGGGCAGAUGGCCCCUUUGUCCUGACCCGAUCAGUUCCGGAGCCGUGCAAUAACCUCCCAGGUACCUGAGUGGGUGUGUAACCUACUGGGUGGCCUCACCUGGUAAAGUUGUCAGAAUGAAUAUGUGAUUCUUUUAAAUGUUUAAAUAAAGAGAUACGCACAGACUCCCUUCUGGA